GAAAAAAAAAUACAUCAUGAUAAUAGAGUAUAUCGUGUUAGUACAAAAAGUAUGCAGUACUGUUACAACUUACAACUAUUAGAAGUCCAAAAAAAUUCCAACGAAAAUAAACAAUUUCAUUUUGACUCUAUAGGCGGUCUCUUGAUCCACAAGCUGAAUAGUUUGUCAAUGAAAGCUUUCCUUUGUCUGUUUAUUUGCUUAUGGACAGAUCUCUACCUAUUGUCUUCACUCUCCGUUUCAAUUUCAGAAGACUUGCCCUCGCUUUCCUUCGUGUAAAACUCUGGUCAAGAUCUUUCCGCUUUUCUUUUGCCCUUUUCUUCUUGCUGCGUAGCCAAAGGGUUAAUUAGGCGGGCUGAAACUUUUGCUGUUUCAAACUAUUGGGAGGGAACAAAUUGAUUGCGAUUGCGAUGGCGAUGGCGAUGGGGGGCGCAUGAUUAUGCCGUGAUUACAGCAUCGGAAAGAAAGACCGACCCACCGGCCACCCACCGGACGUGUCAACUUGGGAACCUUUUUUCGGCGACGACUGGGCUGCCGGCCUAUUAAGCAUCACGAUCGCAUGUGCGUCUCAUGUUGGGCCGAAGCCUGCAGCUAAUGCUCCCCGCACUCGAAGCCGCAAUCAGCCAAGCGGUGAGACCAAAGGCCCAUAUGUCCCCCAUCACGAUUGAUACGUUUCAGUCUAUUAUCAAUUUCAGCGCAUCAGUGAUGGAUAAGAGGCCAGUUCAAAGUCGAACGCUCCAAUAAUGGAUCAGAGUCUAGGCCCAGCUGACUGAACCAGUUACAUGAUGCCCGCCGGCCCAGUCAUUGUACAAGGAACUGAAUCCCUAACAUUAAAGAGAAAUUGCAACAGCAAAUGGACUCACCAAUCAAAUUGUGGUCAUCCAUUGUGGUACAGUGGGUGAGUGUUUGAAUAAUUGAUUCCUAGCGACUUAUUUUGUUUUCCUUUGUUGUUGAGAUAAGAUUAUGCCAUAAAUUAUGUUUAAUGAUUAUUCAUUUUCUUGAAUUUUGUAGCUUUUUGCGUUUUUUAAUUUUUAUGGGGAUGACAUAAGUUUGUUUUUAGUUAGGGGUGGAUUCAAAUAUGAAACCCUUCAAGCAGUGCUGUUACCACCGGAUCAAACCCUUAUUCACUACAUUUUUUUUGUGUGUUUAAUAGUAAUGUUUCAUGAUUUAUAAUUAAUAUACUCUUAAAUAUAUUUCAACCAAUGUUUAGGAAUCAUUUUUAAGCAACCGUAAAAAAAUAAGUAACCGUACAGAAAAUAAGUAGGGAUCAUUUUUAAAAAAAAUAUAUCACCCAAAAAAUUAUGAAUGGAUGAACUUUCCAUUCAUUCAUAAUUUUUUGGGUGAUAAGAGAGUCCCAUGGCAUGUACAGCUUUGAUGGUUCGUCGUCGGCGUCCCGCUCCAUGUUGUCGGCUAACGACAGUCAGUCCCAAUCAAGACGCACGCAUCGUCACACUCACACACUAUACCACCGGUCGACCACCAUUGCAGAUGUUUAUCACUCACUAGCUACUGACAUAUUAUGUACUGGAUCCAUGACGACGACGGCAGACAGUUAGAAAAACGCGUCCUUUUCCUUUCCUUUUUCAGAAAAAAAAAAAAAGAAGAAGAAGAAGAAGAAGAAGAAGAAGAAAACGUACACAAGACAAGAGGCGGGAAAAUCACAAUGGCGGAACGACGGAUCCGGCACUCACAUCACAUGGCAUUUAUCGUAACCACCAGCACAGCUGCGUUCUGUCAUCUGUGUGGUCGCCCUCUCUGUAAUUCAUCUUAGCCACAAGUACUACAUAUAAAUGCAGCCUGCCAGCCUCCCAAAUAAUGGCGCAUGCUGUGUUCUAGAAAAUACAAUAUGAUUCACACCCCACCUAGGUGUUGAGGAGGAUGUGGACCUACGUCCCUCUUGUGACAUUAAAUAUACCACCAGCAGCAAGCGCCUGUUUAUUAGAGGUGGCAAUACCAAUCCAAUUCAUCCACCAAAUUAUCCACUUAAUCCAAUCCAUUUGAUCCAAAUUCAAUUGGAUUGGUGGAUUCAUGGAUCAAUCCAUGGAUCCAAAUGACAAAUUACGAUUUGGUACCUAUAUUUUUUAUAUUUUACAUUUUGGUACCUAAAUUUUAUAUUUUUAUAAGAAAAAUAUCAUUGAAAAAUUUUAUUUUGGUAUUUAAAAUUUUUCAUUAUGACAUUUUAGUGCCUAAACUUUUCAAAAUUUACAUUAUGGUCCAAGUCUUGGAUGUCAUUUGGAUUCAUGGAUCAAUGCACCAAUCCAUUUGAUCCAAUCCAUGAAUCCACCAAUCCAUUUGAUCCAUGGAUCCACCAAUCCAAUCCACGAAUCCGAUCCAAUUGCCACCUCUACUCGUUAUCAUGUACUGGCCCAUUCCAUUAUGAAUUCAUAGGUUGUUGUGAUAAGAUUGCGGUUUUUUUCUUCUUCUUGAUAUUUGAGCCUAGAAUGUUCUAGGCGGUUUAUGUGAGCGAGCAGGACGUCUGUUUCAGAUGAUGGGGGACUCCAAGCUCCUGCAAAACAAGGGUCCGUGGGCGGUCACCAAGGACACCCUCCGAUGCUUAAGUUAGAGAGGGAAUAUGAGCUUUUUGUAAUGUUGAGAGAGAGAGAGAGAGUAGUUGGUUUACCAUCAAUGCAGAUAGGAAUGUAUUUAUAGUGGUUUGGGCUGGACUUCGAGCAUUAAAUGUCAUGUCAGGCGUCCUAGAUCAAGCUCUGCUUUAUUUAGACCGCCUACGGCGGCAAUUAAUGCUUAGUCCUGCAGUGUUCGAGGUGAGUAUCCUAGGAGGAUCUCCCAUUCUGCCCGUAACGGCUCUUUGUGUCAGGCGUCCUAGUACCUGCCCUGUCCUAGUAUGGCCGCCUUCCUUUCUCUGUUCCCCAUGCGCUACGUUCCCCCAGACGUAUUCUCCUGGGCCCUUUGAACGGGCCUUACCCUUUGGGCUUCCAAGCCCAAUGCCGCUCAGCUAUGGCCCAACAGGAUGUAAACCGUACAAAUUGACCCGUCGUUCAGAUUCAAUUGGACGAGCUUUUGCCAUUUUUAUGCCAUAAACUACUUUCAUCGACGGCAUGUACGUAAUCGAAAGGGUACUUACUACUUACAAUCAUCUAAAUAGUUGCUAGACCGAAAAACUGGUGAAUUGUCUACCCGAAAUUCUUCCCUAAUUCUCACUAUUAACAUGUGCAAAUGAAUGACAUGGGUUGACUUGACUUAUUCCCAUUCCUUCCCCAGAAAUGCCACCAUACAUUUUCCCCCGCUCCUUUAUCUCCUCUCUAUCUCCAGAAUGGAUGUUUCUUCUUCAUUUAAUACUGAAGAAAUCAAAGUCAAACAAUCUGAUUCAAUUACAGUCCGUCAAAGUCCAUGUUCUUCUGCCAGAUUCAUUGUCCAAAAAAGGUGGGAAAAGUUUGAGCUUUCCACCAUUUCUAUGCACCAUUACCGACUGUGAUCGUACCCAGCACUAAAUCAGUAGCGUCGUGCUUCCACCCUGAUGACGGAUCUCAUCUUCCAAGUACUCGUUCAGGUAAUUCUGUAAUCUUCUACCAGUCUCCCGUCCCUCAAGUUUUUGGUCGUUAAAGCAAUAAUAAUUAUUCCUUUAA